AUGAGCAGCAACGACGUGCGGGACAUUCUCUCCCUGUCAAAUGGCGCUCCAGGUGUGGGGACAAAGGCAAGUCGUGCUAGUCGUGCACCGCCCACACUUUCUAAUGAUGUGCGUCCGAAAGCGCGGCCGGAAGGCAUGUCGCGUGAAUUGUACGCACUCCUCGGACCCAAUGCGCCCAGUCUAGUAAUGGCGAACGGCGCGCCGCUGGACGGGGGAGAUUAUCAUGAUUAUGCUAGUAUUCAGGGAGCGUUCCAACCCAAGUUUGUGCGCAAGCCAAACACAGCUGCGGCGCGCAAGUGGGUUUGGUCCCCCUUUCGAAACCAGGCAAGAAAUGAUACGCAAGCGCGUGCUGACGCAGCGGGCGAUACGGCUGGGGAUAUGCUGGGUUCUGGCUCAGUAGCACACCAAGGCCUGGUAUUGCACCACUGGCAGCCAUAUGCGCGGGUCGAGAAUGCUGCGCUGGACGAGGUAUACAUGGAAGAGAGCUGGCUGCCAUUCAACACGACUUCGCACGUUUUCCAUUAUUCCACCGAGGAAUACAACCAGUAUUUGCAUGACGAUGACUGGACGCGUGAGGAGACCGACUAUUUGAUUUAUAUGUGCGAGGAGUAUGACACACGUUUUAUUGUGAUCGAAGACCGGUACGAAUGGCCAGACAAGAAACGGACAAUUGAGGAUCUCAAGUCUCGGUAUUAUACCAUAGCCCGCCGACUUAUCCGCGAGAGGAUCAGUAACGAGGAUAUCGAGACGCGCCAGGCGCAGUUGCAGACAUAUGCAUACGAUAAGCAGCAAGAAACGGACCGCAAGCGCGCGGUGGAAAAACUGUUCUUGCGUACGCCAGAUCAAUUUGCAGAGGAAGAAGCUUUGUAUGUCGAGGCGCGGCGCCUCGAGCAGAAUGAAGCCAAGUUUGCUAAGGAACGCAACGAUCUUUUGCGGCUUCUGGGCGGCUGGGAAAGCUUGCCGAAUGCGAACAUGAACACGGUCGCGGCGGUCGGUGCCGGACUUACCGCAUUCCCCCCGUCAGAUACCGAAGCAGACGGUGGGAAGAAGCGCCGGAAAUUGGACAGUGCACCGCCGUCUGCCAAGGUGAGCGGCGAUCCGAAGCAGGCAUUGUUUGAUGCGCAAAAUUUUAUCACACGAUUCGCGACAGAUGCGCCGCACGUACUGCGCACUCCGUACCCGAAUCUCAUUGGCACUCCUUCGGUACUCCCUUCUGUUGCGACACAUGCACAGGGGACCAAGGCAGAGAGUCAUGCACACCAUGGCGCUUACCUUCGCUCAACGCGCAUGCUUGGGUUCCGUCCAAAUCAAUAUGCGCGCGCAAUGCAAGCGCUUGCAGAGCUCGAUCCUCCUAUUGGGCCACGACUUGUCUUCCCCACCGCGUCGAAUGUGGAAAAGUGGGAGACGCUCAUGGGCGCCGUUGCGGGCAGUCUUGAGAUGAAGAAGCAGCUGGAGCGUGUAGAGGCAGAGCACCGCAUUGCGCACGCGCGCCUCGUAGCGCUGGUAUCUCUGGCAGCGUCGGGCGCUGAACCCCCUGCUGCAACGAGCGAAAUGUCCGAGCAAAUGCAUGUAGACGAGCCGGUGCCAGAGUCGACAUAG